UCUCUCUCACUGUUGCUCACUCACUGUUGCUCUUCAGUUCUUGCGUGUAUUUAAACGAGUGGGCGAAUGGAUGAAAGAACCCGUGCAAAACUUUAACAUCCUUAUUUUGAACGAUUUGAGAAGAUCCAUUUCAAUUCAUUCAAAGAAUCUGUGAAGACUGCAAAAAAUGGCAGAAGCGAACAAAAGCGGGGAAGAAGGCAGCAGUAGCAGCAGCAACCCCUCACACAGUGUGCUCACAUGUGAACAGGUGAGCCGCCUGCACGAGGUGCUGACGGAGGUGGUCCCUGUGCAUGGCCGGGGCAACUUCCCCACGCUGGAGGUGUGUCUCAAGGACAUCAUCCAGAUGGUGCGUUCACGCCUGGAGGCGCGCGGUAUCCGCGUGAAGGACGUGCGGCUAAACGGCUCCACGGCCAGCCACGUGCUGGUGCAAGACGUCGGCUGGAGCUACAAGGACCUGGACGUGAUCUUCCGGGUGGACCUGCCACGUGACUCCGAGUACCAGCUGGUCAAGGAGGUGGUGCUGGGCACGCUGCUGGACUUCCUGCCCGAGGGCGUCAACAAGGAGAAGAUCACGCCCAUGACGCUGAAGGAGGCGUACGUGCAGAAGCUGGUCAAGGUGGCCACGGAGCAGGACCGCUGGAGCCUGAUCUCGCUGUCCAACAACAACGGGCGCAACGUGGAGCUCAAGUUCGUGGACUUCAUCCGCCGGCAGUUCGAGUUCAGCGUGGACUCCUUCCAGAUCGUGCUGGACUCGCUGCUGGCCGGCUACGAGCUGUCGCCCGACAGCCCCGUGGCCCAGCCCUUCCACCCGACGGUGGUGGGCGAGAGCGUUUACGGGGACUUCGAGGCGGCGCUGGGCCACCUGCGCAACAAGAUGAUCGCCACCAAGCGGCCAGAGGAGAUCCGUGGCGGCGGCCUGCUCAAGUACUGCAACCUGUUGGUGCGUGACUUCCGGCCCACCGACGAGGAGGAGUUCAAGGGCCUGGAGCGCUACAUGUGCUCCCGCUUCUUCAUCGACUUCCCAGACCUGGGCGAGCAGCAGCGCAAACUGGAGGCCUACCUGCAGAGCCACUUUGUCGGCGAGGAGAAGAGCAAGUACGACUACCUCAUGAUCCUGCGUCGCGUGGUCAACGAGAGCACCGUGUGCCUGAUGGGCCACGAGCGCCGCCAAACGCUCAACCUCAUCUCGCUCAUCGCCUUCCGGGCGCUGGCCGAGCAGAACGCCAUCCCAGACGCGUCCAGCGUCACCUGCUACUACCAGCCGGCGCCCUACGUGCGGGAUGCCAACUUCAGCAACUACUACGUGGCCUCGUGCAACCAGUCCAUUCCCACAUGGCUGCCAUGCAACUGAGCAGGGUUGGACAGCAGCAGCGUGGACGGAUUGUAAUAAACAACAAAAAAAACAAAGUAAACAAAAAAAUGACAAAGGGACCCCCCUGCCCCCCUGUGCUUUAUCAAA